UCUGCAACAAUGCCUGAUUGGGUACAUAAAGCAACAAAAAAAUAUAUGCCAAAAGAUUUUAUUGUGGUAGAUUUAGUUAAAGGCAAUACACAAAAAACAUCGGCAAAUGUUGAACAUUUAGCUGUAUCAUGUACUUAUCAAGAUCGUGCUGGUAUUAUUGAUUUUCUUGUUCAAAUAUAUUCAAGUAGUAGUUUUGAUGGACGUGCAAUUGGUUUUUGUGAAACAAAAAAAGAAGCUGAUGAACUUUCAGUUAGUCAUGAUAUUAAAGCAAAAGCACACGUACUUCAUGGUGAUAUUCCCCAAGAUAAACGUGAACUUGUUCUGAAAAAAUUUCGUGAAGGAAAAUAUCGUUUAUUAAUUACGACUGAUGUUGUUGCGGGUGGUCUUGAUAUUCCAGAAGUUGAUCUUGUUAUUGUAACAGCUCCACCAAAAGAUGUUGAGUCAUAUAUUCAUCGAUCAGGUCGUACAGAUCGAGCAGGUGCUCAAGGCAAAUGUAUUUGUCUAUAUAAAUCCAAUCAAACGCGUGAUCUUCGGCGACUAGAAAGUAUUAAAUUUACACGUAUUGAACCACCAAGACCAGAAGAUGUACCUGAUGCAUCAUCUGCUGAUGCAGCAAAAGCUCUUGAUAGUGUAACUGAUGCAGCGAAAGCACAUUUUCGUCAAGCAGCUAAAAAAAUUCUUGAAACACGUGAUGCAGUUGAUGCUUUAUCCGCUGCAUUAGCUUGUAUAUCUGGUACAACAAAUAUUGUUCCUCGAUCUUCAUUGACAAAAAAAGAAAAUUAUACAACAUAUAUGUUAACAGUUACAGAUGAAUUCAAAGGUCCAGGAUUAGUAUUUACUAUGUUAAAACAAAAUGUUUUGGAGAAGAUUUUGAUGCUAAAGGAACGUGUUCACAAGUUGCAUUUACAAAAGAUUAUCGAUGCUGUUUUCGAUAUACUAAGUGAACUUGAUGAACAAUUACAAAGUUAUUGGAAAGAUAGUCCAAGAAUUCAAAUGAAACCUAUUAAAGAAUUACCACAACUUGAUGAAUCAACUAGAAGUGGUAAUAGAGGAUUUUCACGUUGUAGUAAUGGACCAGUACGUAGUGGAAGCUAUACUGGAAAUCGAAAUUCUGAACGAUUGAAUGCUUGUUUUAAAUGUCAAAAAGAAGGUCAUAAAUCUUUUGAAUGUCUAGAAACAAAAAAAUCUAGUGGUGGUCGUGAACAAUCAAAUGAUGGUUGUUUCAAUUGUGGUAAAACUUGUCAUAAAUCUUUUGAUUGUUCAAAACCGAAAAAAGGACGAUCAUCAGCAAAUAUCAGUAAUCGUGGUAUUAAACGUAGUUUCACUGGUAAUCAGACUAAUGGACAUAGUAUAGGUGAAACAAGUAGAAAAAAAAAUAAAAUUUAA